GAGACACUGACUCAUCAGCACGUCACGUGGUAUCCCGCCCAGUGUCACCUGACUUGUUUGUAUCGCUCGGCUCAGCUGCCUGAAGUUUCACACAGAGGGAGAGACAAGGGAAAUACGUGAGGGGGACAUAGAUGGACUCUCCAGUUCUCUGGGGCUGUGUGUGUGUGUGAGGGGCAGCUGUGUGAUAUAGAGACAGACUGAGGGGCUGCUGAGUGAUAUAGAGACAGACUGAGGGGCUGCUGUGUAAUAUAGAGACAGACUGAGGGGCUGCUGAGUGAUAUAGAGACAGACUGAGGGGCUGCUGAGUGAUCUAGAGACAGACUGAGGGGCUGCUGAGUGAUCUAGAGACAGACUGAGGGGCUGCUGAGUGAUCUAGAGACUGACAGGGUGAGGGGCUGCUGAGUGAUAAAGAGACAGACUGAGGGGCUGCUGAGUGAUAUAGAGACAGACUGAGGGGCUGCUGAGUGAUCUAGAGACAGACUGAGGGGCUGCUGAGUGAUCUAGAGACAGACUGAGGGGCUGCUGAGUGAUCUAGAGACAGACUGAGGGGCUGCUGAGUGAUCUAGAGACAGACUGAGGGGCUGCUGAGUGAUCUAGAGACAGACUGAGGGGCUGCUGAGUGAUCUAGAGACAGACUGAGGGGCUGCUGAGUGAUAUAGAGACAGACUGAGGGGCUACUGAGUGAUAUAGAGACAGACUGAGGGGCUGCUGAGUGAUAUAGAGACAGACUGAGGGGCUGCUGAGUGAUAUAGAGACUGACAGGGUGAGGGGCUGUUGAGUGAUAUAGAGACAGACUGAGGGGCUGCUGAGUGAUCUAGAGACAGACUGAGGGGCUGCUGAGUGAUAUAGAGACUGACAGGGUGAGGGGCAGAGAAGAUGCAGUGUCGAGACAGUAUAAUCUAGAGCAAGACAGUGUAAUAUAGAGUGAGACAGUAUAAUAUAGAGUGAGACAUUUGCUGCUUACUUAAUAGACUGAAUUACCCAGUGAGACACUCUGUGAGUGAGGGGACAGACAGACGCCCUCAUAUGAGUCUAUUGGAACUACAGGCAAUUGAGUAGAUACAAAUCUAUUAUCACAAACCAAAGGGACUGAUAUAAGGGCAGAGUUGCUGGGGAUGAAUCAGAGAAGCUGAUCAUCAACUGUAGUCUCAUGAGAGGCCUCUCUUAAUCAUUUUCCAGGCUGCCUAUCUAAUGUCAUAUGAACAGGACUGAAUAGAACAUCACUGUAUAAUAACGUUAAUACUCAUACAGUAAAAGAAAAUGCUUGAUUACUGAAACUGGUUCCUUUGCUUGCAUGUCAUUGUCAUGUGAACUUUUCAUGUUAAAUUGUGUACCCAGACAUUUUCGACCACUUUUGCAUACACAUGUCAAAAAAAUAGAUAGAUUUUAAAACAAAGAGUUAAAAAAAAUUUAAUUCUGCUUUAAUUUUCUGUUUUAAAGGCCAACUAACACGAUGAGGUCUGGACUGGGAGUCAAAAUAGGCCCUGGCAUUCCAAGUACAGAGAGGCCCAAACAGCAGCCCCUCCCCCUUUUAAGCUGCAAUAUACAGGCCAAAUUUAGAGGGUUUUAAGACACAGGAAACAUGAAGGAAAUCCCUAACAACGGUUCAUCGUUCCCUGCAAAUGUUACAUUUUGCCCCAAUGGGACGAGGUGGAUCUGGACUGUCCUUGAUGAGUGCACGGUGGAUGCUCGGGAUGAAGCCAGUGUCUACAUGGGGCUCUUUUCCAUCCUCUGCUUCAUGGGGGCCUCCUUCCCGCAGUUCUACACGGCGUGCAAGACUGGCAAGAUGGACAAAGCCAUAUCCAUUUGGUUCCUCUUGGGCUGGACCACUGGAGACACUUUGAACCUUGUGGGGACUUACCUAGCGGAUCAGCUUCCCCUGCAGAGAUACACUUCGGCCUAUUAUAUAUUUGCGGAUCUGAUAAUGUUGUGCUUUUACUUCUAUUUCAAAUGUCGGAACCAAAGUCCCAGCAUGUAUGCCCCCAUUAAUGCAGUGUGUGGAUUAGCGUUUUUGGGCUCUGUGGCUACUUUCUCUCUCCUGCAAGAGGCGGGACCCAUGCCGAUGAAUUCUGCAGAAGCCUUUCACAGCCGUCACCUGCUUUCGACCAAUGGAGAAGAGGAGUAUUCAGUGAAAAAUAAGAUUGGCUUUGCUUGUGGCUUACUGUCCACGUUGUCCUACUUGCUCUCCCGACUGCCUCAGAUCUACACCAAUUUCAAGAGGAAAUCCACAGAAGGCCUGGCCCCCACUCUGUUCCUGCUAGUGAUCCUGGGUAACCUGACCUACGGAGCCAGCCUAUUACUGAAGAACCCAGACUCUGGACAGUCAGAGGGAUCCUACGUCGUGCGGCAUUUGCCCUGGCUCACCGGCAGUCUGGGGGCUGUGUUUUUGGACCUCAUUAUUUUAGGCCAGUUUUUCAAUUACCGAGGGAGACUCAACGACCCGCUGGAACAGUAGCCUCUUUUACAGCCUGACAUUGAUUUGUCUUCUCUUAAAGAAACAGCGCAGCUUUUAUUCUUGGCUACGUCCCAGCCCUCUGGAUUCAUCCGUGGGAAACGGAGCCGCUUACAGCUGGUGCCAUGUGGACUUUUUUUUUAUUAUUUGAUUGCACAAAUACUUGAAAAUUCCUGAUUUUAUACCGUUUUAAGAAUUUCAACCCUAUUCACUGUAGAUUUUAGAUGGCGGCUCAAGGGAGGAGCGUUGCGCAGUGAUUGGAUGCUCAGGGAGACACUUCCACCCAUCUGACUGCAAGAGGCAAAUUCUUAUUGAUUUCAUUCAUGUGAUUAUUUUGUGACAGGACUGCAGGUCAGUGGUUAGAGCAAGAGACAAAUGUCUUUUCUGGUGCUUCUUGCUUGUGAGCUGAGCCCUGCCCAAUCUAUAUCUAGAGCAUCUGCUGCCAAAUGGGGAUACAAGGGAAGCUGUGGAUCCCCAAUUCUGGAUGAAUCCUUUAUGUAAAUACUAACAGUAACAUUUAAUUACCAAGUUAACCUUUAGCACUUUACAUUCAUCCCUCCACAUUCCCUCUCUGCCCUGCCCUAAAACCAGUCCUGUUUAUAAGCUUUCUAUUACAGGGAUCUCUACGUGCAGGAGAACAGGGAGUAUUGCGGCUUCUGUAGCCGUUCAAAACCGACAGUGAAACGCAAUGUUUGGACUUAUUUUAGUGUUUAGAUUUUUUAAAUUGAAUCUUCCAAACGGACAGUCCAAUAGGAGACGACGGGGAAGGUCGGAUAAAGGGAAUGUUGUGCUUAUAUUAAAGCUACUGUCAUGGUAAAUACUGGAUCAGUGAUCUGUUAGGAUCAGGUUCUUUACUUUUUUAUAGGGGUUUUGAGACUUCGAGGUGCUUCAGUAGAACAGCUUUGGCUGCAGGAGGAUGCUGGGAUUUGUAGUUCUACUCCCCUGUAGAGCAAUAACCAGUCUGUACAGGAAAGGGCAGCAGGAAACGACUUCACACGUGGACCUUUAAUGUAUCCAAAGCCCAAUCUGUUCAUUAAAGGGAAUAAAACAUGUAUUUGGGAGAACACUGAA